AUGCUUCGCAACGUCUGCCUCCUCGUGAUCCUCGGCCUUGCCCCGGCUCUCAUUGCCGCCAACCCGGUGCCUGACUACGGCUCUUACGGUGGUGCCGGAGGUGGUGCCGGAGGUGGUGGCUCCGUCAGCCCAGGAGGUCCCAAGGGCUCUGGCGGUCCUGGUGGUCCUGGUGGUCCUGGCGGCCCUAGCGGUCCCGGCGGUCCUGGCGGUCCCGGCGGCCCCGGCGGCCCCAAGGGUCCUGGAGGUCCUGGAGGUCCUGGAGGUCCAUCUGGGCCUGGCGGCCCUAGCGGCCCUGGCAAUGGCGGUGCGGUGAACUGUGAUUACCCAUCCAACCGCAACAACCCUGCUUGUACCACCACCACCACCCCCACCACUGGUAGCCCUAGCGGCCCUGGCAAUGGCGGUGCAGUCAACUGCGACUACCCAUCGAACCGCAACAACCCUGCCUGCACCACCACCACCUCUGGCGGCAACACCCCAGUUUGUGGUAACUUCAACCCUUGCGCCAACAUGGCUUCCGGACCCGGCCAGGGCGGCCCCAACGCUGCGUGCGUCAACUGCGACUACCCCAGCAACGCCGGCAACUUCGCCUGCAAGAGCAACACGGGCAUGCAGGCCAACUGCAACCUUUCGCAGUUUGCCAACCUCAGCAUCUGCGGCGGUUCGUGCCCGAGCGACAACAACUCUCCGGCCCCGUCGAACAGCGCCCCUCCAACCCCGUCGAACAGCAGCCCUCCAACCCCGUCGGACAGCAACCCGCCGCCCGCGACCGAAACACCCUACACCGAGUCCGCGACCCCGGUCGCCUCCGCAAACGUCCCGGCUAGUACUGACGGUGACUAUACCACUGACGAUGACUAUACCACUGGCAGCAACUAA